AUGAAACUUCGAUUCGUGUUGUGUUUUGUGAUGUUGAUGAUGAUCGUUGGAUGUGAAGCGUUUAUUGAUCCUGACAUAAAUCCUCCAGGCUAUGUACCGGAAAGGAUUCGCCCACUAGACGAAAUAGAGAACCAAAAUCGACUGGAAAAAUGUAGUAUUCCACCGCCAGCACCAGAGCUGUUGGAAUUUUCCAACGGAAAGGAUCAAGAUCCGUGGUUGAUUUUCACAAAGAGAAAUGGCACAGAGCAAAGAUCCCAAUGGAGAAAAGCGUUUUAUUAUGGGAGAUGUACGACAAACAAAACCGAUGGAAUUAUCAUUGUAGAGUUUGAGAAAGAUAUUGAUAUUCCAUAUGUCUGUAUUCCAGACUACAACUAUUAUGAUUCCAUUGACAAAACGGAAUCAGUUUUUUCGGUGAAAACUCUCUCAAAGAAAUCUCCCAUCACAAAGGACAAAUAUGAGUAUGAGGCACAAGACGGAAUGAUUAAACGCUGUGAUGAUAGAUUCUGCUGGUCUCCAGUCAAUCAAACACAGGACUACAAUAAAUUCCAUAACGAUAAGGGAGUCAGUAUGCCAUUUUUGACCAAAGAUGAAAGACCAUUACUGUUUGGCUUUGGUUUCAAAGUUAUCAAAAAGCCGAGAAGCUUCGCGGUCACUGAUUUGGCUGAUUUCCUCGAAGGGCUCUGUGAGUACGUCGGUGUAUGUCCAGAGAAUCGUGAACGAAUCACUCCAACUGCAACUGCAACAAUAACAACAACUGCAAGGACUGCAAGAACUACACCGCGUCCUGUACCAACAACUACUGACUACGUUCCUGAAUUUUUGUUUGAUGAGGAGGCUCGGGAUUUUGAAGAACCGUAUUUCAAAAGAAAUCGGACCAGAAAAGGAGGAACGAAGAGAGAAUGGAAGAUUACUGUAGUUUUUAUGAUCUCUCUUGUCUUAUCACCGGACAUGAUGGAUUUUUUCAACGGUAAUCUUCAACCGUGGUUGAUUUUCACAAAGAGCAAUGGCGAAAGGCAAAGUUUCACAUGGGAUAAGGCGCUGUAUUAUGAAAGGUGUACGGAAGACAAAACCGAUGGAAUUAUCAUUGUAGAGUUUGAGAAAGAUAUUGAUAUUCCAUAUGUCUGUAUUCCAGACUACAACUAUUAUGAUUCCAUUGACAAAACGGAAUCAGUUUUUUCGGUGAAAACUCUCUCAAAGAAAUCUCCCAUCACAAAGGACAAAUAUGAGUAUGAGGCUCAAGACGGACAUAUUGAGCGCUGUGAUAAUAGAUUCUGCUGGUCCCCAGACAAUCAAACACAGGACUACAAGAAAUUCCAGAACAGGAACCAAGUCAGUAUGCCAUUUCUGACCAAAGACGCAAGGCCAAUACUGUUUGGAUUUGGUUUCAAGUGUAUGUGUAUUCCAAAUGACACAAAAAAUGUCAUAGAUUGGUAUUCAGCUAUCAGUGAUAAGGAAAACAAGUUCGCGGUCACUGAUUUGGAUGAUUUUCUUAUAGGACUUUGUGACUAUGUCCGUGUAUGUCCAGGAAAACCGACUAAACCUGGAAUCCCCACAACAACAACUGCAAGAACUACACCGCGUCCUGAACCAUCAACUGACUACGUUCCUGAAUUUUUGUUUGAUGAGGAGGCUCGGGAUUUCGAAGAACCGUAUUUCAAAAGAAAUCGGACCAGAAAAGGAGGAACGAAGAGAGAAUGGAAGAUUACUGUAGUUUUUAUGAUCUCUCUUGUCUUGUUGGUCUUGGAAUAA